AUGUCGCUGGCAAUAGAAACAGCAGUUUGUAAAGAGGCAAAUCCCACAACCUCAUCUCACCCUCCAUCAGAAUGCGACUGCACGGAGAUCAAAACCAAAGAUGCGCCAAACCUCGAAGCAGGACGCCAACUCCCCUCGCGUAGAAGAAAGCCUCUAUCCUUCUUCCUCGCAUUCCUCUCACUCCUCCUGAUGGUCUUCCUGGUCUCGCUGGACGCCACAACACUGGCCGUCGCUAUCCCCGUCAUCACGGCUGACCUCGCCGGCACAACCCUAACCGCCUUCUGGGCCAACAUCUCCUUCACGAUCGCCGUCGUCGUCAUCCAGCCCAUCUACACCAGCUUCUCCGACAUCUUCGGCCGCAAGAUCCCGCUUUACGUGGCCUUCGCGCUCUUCGCUAUUGGGUCAAUUGUCUUUGCAGUGGCGCACAGCAUGGCCGUUCUCAUUGUGGGACGCACACUCCAGGGCCUAGGCGGAGGCGGCCUGGAUGUUCUGAGCGAGGUCAUUGUCGCCGAUAUUACAACGCUGCAAGAGCGAGCCGUGUAUAUCGGGUUGUUAUCCUUCCCCAUGGCGCUCGGCUGCAUUGCGGGGCCUAUCCUAGGCGCUGUCUUCAGCGAGUACGUCUCCUGGCGCUGGAUUGGCUGGAUCAACUUGCCUGUAACUGGCGUAGCCCUUCUUCUCGCCAUCUUCUUCAUGCGCCUCAAGCCCAUCACCCAGUCAUUCCGCGCCCAAUUGGGCCGCAUAGACUGGAUUGGAAUGGCUAUCUUCACGGCUGGGUGUAUAUUCUUCGCCCUCCCGCUCAGCUGGGCAGGCAACAUGUACCCCUGGUCCUCAUGGCGCACGAUCCUCCCGCUCGUCAUCGGCGCAUUACUCCUGGCCGCCUUCGCCUUCUACGAGCGCUACCCGACUGACGCCGUCUUCCCCUACCGCAUCUUCCGCUCCCGCACAGCGCAAGCCACGCUCCUCGGCAGCUCCAUCCACGGCUUCGUCCUCUACACGCUCCUCCAAUACCUCCCGCUCUUCUUCCAAGCCGUGUAUCUCGAAACACCCCUCGACUCCUCAAUCUCCAUCCUCCCCUUCUGCUGCGUCGUCUUUGUGUUCACGGGCAUCGCCGCCUUCGCCGUCGACUUCUUCCGGCAAUACCGCUGGGAGAUCUGGGGUGGCUGGGUCUUCCUCGCGGUCGGGAGCGGCGUUUUUGCGCUGUGGGACCGCGACUCUUCGCGCGCAAUGACGGCCAGCUUCCAGGUCAUUGCGGGGAUUGGAAUCGGCACGAUCUUCAGUGUCCCGCCGAUUCCGAUGCAGGCUAGUGCGAAGGCCGACGACCAGGGGCUGGCCAUGGGGAUCAUGGUUGCGUUCCGGCUGUUCGGGGCGUUGAUUGGGCUUGCGGUGGGGGCGACGACGUUCAGCAGUGUUUUUGCGGACAGGAUCCAUGGGAUGGUCUUGCCUGCUUCGUUGGCGGUGCUGAGUGAUCCUGCGGAAGUUGUUGGCUUUAUUCCGUAUUUGCGGAGUGUUGAUGUUGAUGCUGCGCUGAGGGACGUCAUUCGCGAUGCGUAUCGGGACGCGAUGGAGACGAUUUGGUAUAUUCUUGCUGCGUUGGGGGUCGUGGGGUUUGUGAGCUCGCUGUUUACGGAGGAGUUGACGAUGGAGACUGAGGAGGUGGGGAGGCAGCAUUUCGAGGCGUGA